GCGCGCUGUCGCUUUUGGGCUUUACGUUGCGCGCGAGGCCGCGAGGGUCGGAAGUUGUGGGAGGAUUGUCGAGGGAUUGAAGCGUGCGUGAAUGCGGGAGUGGAGUGCGAGACCAGAUUCAGUGCUCGGGCGGGGUGGCGGGUGGGAGACCGAGAGGACGUGAAUUGCGAUCGGCGUGUGGAUUUCGGGGGGCAGGCAAGGGAUUGAAAAGUCUUUUCCAUCGACGAGAGUUUUCUGAAUAGGACCGCGGCUGGUGUUUUUUCUAGCCAUGAUGGCCUCGCCCGCACUUUCGAUCGCUUCUGGCGUCGGUGUGCGCCCCGGUUUCAAUGUGCCGUCGUGCUCGUCGGCGUCGUUGCGCUCGAGUUCGAGCUCUGUCGGGCAAGCGAGGUUGUCCCGAUGCGUGUGGGAGUCGUCACGUCGUCAGCAGAAGCGGCUGCGUUCGUCGUCGGGGAGGAGGGAGCUCGCGCCUGUGUUGGCCAGUGCCGAGUUGAACACCGUCCCUCUGGCGGAAGUUGCUGCGGAUUCGCCUGCUCCGAUUUCCGACAAGCGAUUGGACAAUGAGGACAUUAAGGAAGAGGCACGGAGGCAUGGGCGGUCCGAGCCGGAGACGACAUUCUCUGCCAAGUAUGUGCCCUUCACCCCGGGAACUCCCUCGACGGAGGAGUACUCGCUCGAUGAGGUCAUUUACAGGAGCAAAACCGGUGCGCUCUUGGACGUGCAGCACGACAUGGAUGCGCUGAAGAAGUUCGACGCGAAUUAUUGGAAGAACUUGUUCGACUCUCGAGUGGGCAAGACCACCUGGCCCUAUGGGUCUGGAGUGUGGAGCAAGAAGGAGUGGGUGCUGCCGGAAAUUGACAACGAUGACAUCGUCAGCGUGUUCGAGGGCAAUUCGAAUCUGUUCUGGGCCGAGAGGUUCGGGCGAGAAGUCGUGCAGAUGAACGACCUGUGGGUGAAGCACUGCGGCAUCAGUCACACGGGAUCCUUCAAGGACUUGGGAAUGACCGUUCUCGUCAGUCAGGUCAAUAGGUUAAGGAGGCUUAAGAAGCCCGUCGUCGGUGUCGGAUGUGCUUCCACGGGUGAUACCUCCGCAGCUCUCUCUGCCUAUUGUGCCGCAGCUGGAAUUCCCGCUAUCGUCUUUCUGCCCGCAAACAAAAUUUCCAUCGCGCAGCUCGUGCAGCCCAUUGCCAACGGAGCUUUGGUGUUGAGCUUAGACACGGAUUUUGACGGAUGCAUGCGUUUGAUCAGAGAAGUAACCGCAGAGCUCCCUAUUUAUUUGGCGAACUCCUUGAACAGUCUCCGCCUCGAAGGCCAGAAAACCGCAGCCAUUGAGAUUUGCCAGCAGUUCGAUUGGCAAGUGCCCGACUGGGUCAUUGUUCCCGGAGGAAAUCUUGGUAAUAUCUAUGCUUUUUACAAGGGAUUCAACAUGUGCAAGGAGCUGGGUCUCAUCGAUCGCAUUCCCCGCCUGGUCUGUGCCCAGGCAGCGAAUGCCAACCCUCUGUACCGAGCUUACAAAGAUGGUUUUGAGAAUUUCAGCCCUAUUACCGCGAGCGCAACAUUUGCCUCCGCCAUCCAGAUUGGUGACCCUGUAUCGAUAGACCGAGCAAUCUACGCGUUGCAGCGCUGUGAUGGUAUCGUGGAGGAGGCGACCGAAGAAGAGUUGAUGGACGCCGCCGCCAUUGCUGAUCAGACUGGCAUGUUCACGUGCCCGCACACUGGAGUCGCCCUCACCGCAUUGAUGAAACUUCGCAAGCGCGGAGUUAUCGGACCCACUGAUAGAACUGUUGUCGUUAGUACCGCCCAUGGGUUGAAGUUCACGCAGUCUAAGAUUGCCUACCACUCUAAGGAGCUUGAAGGUCUUGCAUGCACUUAUGCGAACCCCCCUGUUGCUGUCCGCGACGACUUCGGAUCUGUCAUGGACGUGUUGAGGCAAAAAUUGUCUCUUAGGUAGAAGAGUGGUAUAGUACAUGCUUGUAAUGAAUAUAUUGUGAAAAUUGACAGCGGACCUCCACAUCUUGACUAUUCGACUGUCGUAAAGUCGGCAGGCUAGUCGUCCACUGGAGUAAUCUGAUCCACUUAACCGUGAAAGUUUACGAAGCCCAUGAUCAAAGGGUCAAGCAGACGGACUUGGCUUCAAGUGUUGUUCCUGUCUGGCUUCUGAUUCUGAAAUAAUUGCGCUGUUGAGGAGUUCGCCAGAGAAUGAUAUUCUACAAGAUACCAUCUUCUAGAAUUCGGCAUGUCGACGAGUAGUGGGGCGGCGGCAUUUCCAUAGUACUUUUCUUUUUGCUGUCUUGAGAGGGAGACGAUUUGCGGGUAGUUAGAAUUCAGCAGAAACUACAUAGGACACCUUUGUACUUGUAUUUUCUUUUUUGGAAGAACAGAAACCCCUCAAUUAUCAAGGUGGGGUUUACUUUCAAUUCACUUUGUUCUGGAGUUUCGUAUUCAUCAAAAUCGCACUGUCACGUUGAGGUUCUACAUCGGUGCCUUUCAUCAGCCGUUGCGCGUGGCACUGGAAUCACGCCCCUUCUUUCUAAGUUGUAGGAUGUGGGAGGAAAGAGUUGUAAGAUAUGAAUGAAUUGACAGAAAUUUGAGAUCAAUGUGCAGAUUCAUAGUGCCUUUCUAAAGCCCGUGUAAUUGGCUGGGGUUUACAGCACGCUCUAACAUCGUAUUUGGAGGAGAAGUUCGUGUCUCACGUGAGUAAAUCCUUGCUCUGUACAGCUCCAGCAGUCCUGACAUUGUUGUUUGAAUAGAGUAGGAUAGUUGUAUUUUUGGUCUUGUGAAUAGUGUUCGUGUGUACGAGAGUAUCUUCCGCAGUAUCGCGUUCCUCUCGACAUCUUGAUGGAAAUAUUUUACGUAGUCAUUGAAAUUAAUAUCACCAAAGACAGGUAC